UCUGGUUUCAUUGAGUGCUGGCAGAGAGGAAAAUCUCUCUCUCAAAGUCUGGUGUACGCACGUGACCACAAGAUUAUGUGCGACGUCAGAUUCGAAGUUGGUGAACACAAGAAGUCCAUCGAGGCUCACAAACUGAUUCUGUGUUCACGUAGCCGCGUCUUUGAGGCGAUGUUGACUGGACCCAUGGCGGAGCAGGGCAGCAUUGUGAUCCCGGAAGUAGAUCCUGAUAUCUUUGAGACAUUUUUGACGUUCCUGUACACUGAUGACGUCAUCACGGAUGGUAGCAAUGUGAUUGGCUUGUUAUAUGUAUCGAAGAAGUAUGACGUCAGCACUUUAGAAGAAAAAUGUCUGACAUAUUUAGAGACAUCGAUGACGUCAAAGAAUGCGUGUUUUAUCUUGGAACAGGCUCAUAUCUACGAUGAAGAAGACCUCAAAGAAAAAGCUCUGAGCUGUAUUAGAAACAACGGGAACGCCUCUUUGAUGUCACGUGAUGUUGUUCACCUGUGUCGGGGCUGUUUGAGUGACGUCAUACAGUCAGACCAGCUGAUAGCCACCGAGGAGACGGUGUUUGAAUCUGUUCUAUCUUGGAGUGAGAGCGCGUGCAGGAGUCAGGGAAGGGAGGUAAUUCCUCAAAACAGACGAGACGCUCUUGGGGAUGCCAUGCUGCACGUGCGGUAUCCAUUGCUGUCUCAGAAAUAUUUUGUUAACAAAGUUUCGCCGACAGAACUCUUGACUGAGUCUGAAGAGAAUAAGAUAAUGAAGUAUUUGAUGUGUCCAGACAAAGAUGUGUCACCUUUCAACUCAAAACAGAGGAACAAGUCGGCCACUGCAUGCAGCGGAAAAGAAAGGAUUAUAACACGUUUAGAUAGAUAUUGGGGUCGUUGGUCGGGUUGGAGGUGCUCAGGGGCCUACGAUAAUGGAAUCAUGUUUUGCACUAAUACAUAUCCAUCACUUACAGGAUUCCAGUUAUACGGUGCGAAAGACCACACGUCACAGACAUAUGAUAUCAAAGCGUUCGUAACUAAAACCUCGACAGAUGAAUUGGUGGAAGGAUCACAGACAUCACAAACUGUUGUAGCUGACACUGAGACGUAUGACGUGUACUUUGCACGUGCUCUACAGCUGGUCAAAGAUGAGAAAUACAAUUUGAUUGUAAACAUCACAGGACCAAACACACACAAAGGCGAGUCUGGCAGAUCCAGAGUAGAUGACGGCGACUUCAGUUGUUCUUUCUUUGAUUACCAGAUAUCAAGACACAGCAAUAAGAGAUCUUAUGGCACCGGUGUUAACGUCGGACAGAUUCCUGGCUUACUGUUUCUAGUUUAAGACGACACAUUAGAGAUUUAUAUUCAUAACUGUCAUAGUUACUGUCUGGGAUGUCGCUACUGAUGUUGAUGCAGAACAAAUCCCGAGCUUGCUAUUUCUAGUUUCAGACGACACUUUAGAGAUUUAUAUUCAUAACUGUCAUAGUUACUGUCUGUUACUGUCUGGGAUGUCGCUACUGAUGUUGACGCAGAACAGAUCCCGUGCUUGCUAUUUCUAGUUUAAGACGACACCUUAGAGAUUUAUAUUCAUAACAGUCAUAGUUACUGUCUGGGAUGUCGCUACUGAUGUUGACGCAGAACAGAUCCCGUGCUUGCUAUGUCUAGUUUAAGACGACACCUUAGAGAUUUAUAUUCAUAACAGUCAUAGUUACUGUUUGGGAUGUCGCUACUGAUGUUGACGCAUAACAGAUCCCGUGCUUGCUGUUUCUAGUGUUAGACAUUUGAAAUUCCUGUUUUAUAAUUGUUUUAAUCUUCUGUCAGUGAAGAAGUCGGAACACUGAACUGCUCACCUUCGUGUGUGCUAUUUAAUUAACAGUCAAACGAAACGAUUAUACAGUACAUUUAUGUUGCAGAAUAUUGAAAAAAAGGCUGUGGCGUACGGUUUAAAACGAACCAGAUACUUUGCUUUACAAGGCGCGCGCGUGUGAGUUUGUGCAUGCAUGUGUGUGCGUGCGUGCAUGCGUGUGUGUGCAUGUAUGUAUGUGUGGAUUUGCCUAUCCAUGUGUGUGUCUGUGUGUGUCCGUGUGUUGUGUGUGUGUGUGUGUGUGUGUGUGUGUGUGUGUGUGUGUGACACAAAUCAUUUUUGCUUUAGUAUAAUCAUAAAAUGUAAUAAAUCACGUGUAAUCACAAUUCAAUAAAAAUAAAAAGCAUCUGUUGCAUAAAACAGAAUAUGUAUUUUUACCAUUUAAAACUCGUGCAAAAAUUACCUACUUGUUCAAUAAUAAACGAUUUAUGUAUGUAACAGUAAGACACGAGUGUAACAACAGACAGAUUCCUGGCUUACUGUUUCUACUUUAA